UUCUCUUUCUGCCAAAACAGACACACACUUCAGCAUAUAAAAACUCGAUUUUUAACUGGAGGAAACAUGUCGCAGGCUUCAAGCAGGAUGAUGGGGAGCUGCCCAUGCCCUUUGCUCUCAGUUGAGCCCAGACGUGGACUUGUGGAUGAAAAGAUCCGGAUCCUAGUGACAAAUUUAACCCCGAGCCAGGAGGUGACACUCCAUUGUCUACAUCAGUCAGAGGACAAGGACUUUUGGGAAGCAUUUGGACAUUACGUAAGCGAUGAAUGUGGCACUGUCGCAGUGGCAAAGGACCCCAGUGUGGGCGGCAUGUACACAGGGGUCGAGCCAAUGGCACUAAUGUGGAGCCUGCGGCCAGUACCAGGCAGCCAAACAGGACUGAGGUUGCAAAGGCGAGAUGUCCUCUCACCAAUGAUAUUUCACAUUUCUGUGUAUGAUGGACACAUCACUCAGGAUUUUAACCAGCUCACACCAUUAGUCAUUACCAUCAUAGAAAGAUGGUACAUGGCUCCAGGUGUGCAGUGUUUCGAUGUACAUGAGAAAGGAGUUCGAGGGUCUCUGUUCAUUCCUCCAGGACCUGGACCAUUUCCAGCUAUAUUGGACUUGUGGGGAGGAGGUCGAAUCCUGAUGCGGUAUCGGGCUGCCCUGCUGGCGUCACAUGGCUUUGUUGCGUUUUCUCUGGACUAUGUAGAGAAUUUGAAGUUUUCAGAAAAAGGCAUCGAUAUCACUUAUUUUGAGGUAGCGUGUCAGAUCAUGCAGGACCAUCCCAAGGUGCUAAGAGACAGAGUGGCUCUGUGGGGCAUCUCAGUUGGUGGUUCUGUUGUUUUAACAAUGGCCGCCUUCUCCUCUGUCAUUAAGCCCCGGUGUUGCAUAUGCAUCAGCUGCAGUCACGUCAUUCCUAUACGUGAUACAUUGUCUGAAUUCUAUGCAAGGAUGAACAGGGGUUAUAAAGCACGAGUAAAGGACAAUCAGGUCAUCUGGAGAGAUGUUGUCUUGCCCAUCCCAACAGACCUAGCUGAGAAAGUUGAUGUUGGCCGGAUAAAAUGUCCACUGCUAUUGGUGGUUGGAGAUGAUGAUCAGAACUUGGGCGCAGUGGAGUGCGCUGAAGAUAUGGAGAGAAUGACUGAAAAGGCAGGCAAUCGGCAUUUGUUCAACAUCCUCAUCUAUCCUGGUGCAGGUCACCUGAUUGAGCCGCCUUACUCACCACACCACAGAGCCUCCAACUACAUGCUGUCUGAAGAAAAGAAAGUGAUCAUGCUUUGGGGUGGACAGACCAGACCACAUGCAUAUGCCCAAGAAGACUCAUGGGAAAAGAUUUUGGACUUUUUACAGCAACAUCUCUGCAAUGCAACUCCACGGGCCCGACUGUAGUGCUGUGAGAAGUUGUUUUUGUUGUGCUUUAACUCUUUAAUGAUAAGCAAAGUGGGCAAAUGUUUUUCACAUAGGGCCA